AUGUUCAAUUUUAUGUUGAAUUUCAUGAAAGACAUCAACGAGCACCACGGAGUAUCGCCGGCAGAUACAGCACUCCAUAUUGCCAUCGAAAGAGGAUUUUUCAGAACAACGAAAAAAAUAUUGGCAAUGAAUGCCGAUGUCAACAAGCUCAACUGCGGAUACGACGAAACCCCACUUCAUCGUGCCGCAAGAUACCAGAGAAUAGAGCUCAUAAAUUUACUUAUUGAGCAUGGAGGAAGCAUGGAAAAAACGGAUACGGGAAAGCAAACCCCUCUUCAUUAUGCUUGUUAUUUCUAUCCACAAAAUGAAAAGGUUGUUGGGAAAUGUAUGGAAUACAAUUCUUUAUAUUCUAGAACCAUGAAAGGUUAUACUCCGAUGCACACAUUAGCCUCUCGAUCAAAAGAAGCAACAGCUGAGGCUGCAGCAAUAGUGGAAUCUUUCCUAGGUAGAGGAUUUGACAUGGAGACAAAGGAUUACCGAGGACGCACACCACUCGUAUCAUACCUUGAAAAAAAACGUUGGGCCAAUGGCUUUAUUAUUAUUGAGAAACAGUGCCCAUCUUGA